UCCCCUACCUUUUUGCGUCGAAACAACCUUUCAGGGUACCGUGCGUCUGUUUGACACGUACCCCAGUCUGAUGACCGUUUAAAUAACCUCAUGUAUCUUAGCUAAAGUUUUCGGUCGGUUUCAAAAGGACAGAUCUUUGAAAACAUUAAGUGCAGACUGCUUUCAUAAGCUGGAAACAUGGAGCCAGGAGCGAGUGACGCGGUGGCAGGUGGCCCUUAUGUUGAACCAUCCAAUAGUAAGAAAAAGACCAAUAAAGACACCGAACAGUCCACCCCCACCCCAUCCGAGCAGACCAGCACCAUGAAGCGUCUCUUCGGUUUUGAGAAGGAAGAUCUCACCUCAUGGCAUCGACUGGUGUGUCUUCUGAAUCGGCCCACUGACCCGGCCUCGCUGGGCAUAUUCCGUUUCUUAUUUGGUAUGGUGAUGGCGGUGGACAUCACACAGGAACGAGGCCUCAGUCACCUGGACUACAAGUAUUUAGACGGGGCACCCGUGUGCCGCUUCCCUCUUUUUAACUUCCUGACGCCCUUGCCCAUGGACUGGAUGUACUUUGUUUAUUUUGUGAUGUUCCUUGGCGCUGUUGGUAUCAUGCUUGGCCUUUUUUAUCGCCUUGCGUGUCUUAUGUUUAUAUCCACUUAUUGGUACGUGUUUUUCCUGGACAAAACGGCCUGGAACAAUCACUCUUACCUGUACGGGCUCAUUAGCUUCCAGCUGAUGCUCAUGGAUGCCAACAGAUACUGGUCAUUAGAUGGACUCCGAAACCCCAGGAAGAGGAACGCUCAUGUACCGCUGUGGAACUACACCAUACUCAGAACUCAGAUUUUCAUAGUGUACUUCAUCGCUGGGGUCAAGAAACUGGAUGCUGAUUGGGUGGAGGGUUACUCAAUGAAAUACCUGGCACACCAUUGGUUAUUUGACCCCUUUAAAGUGAUUUUGCCUGUGGAAUUGGUCAAUCUGAUGGUUAUCCAUGGUGGAGGUCUGAUCUUAGACCUGACAGCCGGGUAUCUCCUCUUUUUCGACGCCACACGUCCCGUCGCCUUUUUCUUUGUGAGCUAUUUCCACUGCAUGAACUCCCAGCUUUUUAGCAUAGGAAUGUUUUCCUACACUAUGUUGUCCACAAGCCCUCUCUUCUGCUAUCCUGACUGGCCCAGGCGCUUUUUUGGCCGUUUCCCAGAAUUCCUGCAGCCUGUACUGCCCCUCAUCUCUCCUCCCCCGGGUCCCAGCGCCUCGUGUGUGUACCUCAAUCCACCCAGCGAUUCUGGCAGACAAGACGGGCGAGAUGAGAGCCAGACUGUCUCCAAAACCUCCACACCGGGCUGGAAACACAAGCUUGGAGCGAUCUUCACUUUGGUUUACAUCGCAGAGCAGCUCUUCCUGCCGUACUCGCAUUUCAUCACACAGGGCUAUAAUAACUGGACCAAUGGACUGUACGGUUACUCGUGGGACAUGAUGGUUCACUCACGUUCACAUCAGCAUGUCAAGAUCACCUACAGAGACAGUGUUACAGGGGAGGUCGGAUACCUUAACCCCGGAGUGUUUACUCACAGCCGGAGAUGGAAAGACCACGGAGACAUGUUGAAGCAAUACGCUACCUGCCUUAGCCAAAAUCUGCCCCGUUUUAACAUCUCAGAUCCGGAGAUAUACUUUGACAUUUGGGUGUCUAUUAAUGACCGCUUCCAACAAAGAAUAUUCGACCCACGUAUUGAUAUAGUGAAAGCUGAUUGGUCGCCGUUCCGUCCCAAUCCGUGGCUCAUGCCGCUGCACGUGGAUCUUUCACCGUGGAGGGCUAAAUUUGAAGAGAUAGAGGGAUCUUUGGACAAUCAGACUGAGGUGGUCUUCAUCGCUGACUUCCCAGGCCUUUAUCUUGAAAAUUUUGUGAGUGAAGAUCUGGGGAACACCAGCGUUCAGGUUCUUCAAGGUCUGGUGAACGUUGAGAUAGUGGACGAGAAGAAGAACUACAGUUUACAACCAGGAGAAAAGAUGCAGCUUCCAGCUGGUGCGUAUCACAAGGUGUACACUGUAUCUGAUAAGCCGUCGUGUUACAUGUACAUCUAUGUAAAUACUACUGAGGCAGAGCUGCAGAAAAACUUCACAAAACUCCUUGAACUUCAGGAGAAAGUGCGAAAUGGAACAGAGACUGAACCUUUACCACCAGAGAUGCAGCCGCUCAUCAUCGGUCUCGAUGGCUACGACAUGAACGACACCGUGAUCGACCCAAUAGUCCGGAUCUUCUUGAAACGCCAGAAGCGAAUGGAGACUGUAAAGAAACGCAGAGAAGCUUCUGUGGUCGAGAGGUUUCAGAGGUUUGCCUCAAAGAAAUAUUACACGAUUAGACGAGGGUUCCUCAUGACAGCCAUUGCUUUGCGUAACCUGGCGGUGGGUUUGCCACCCCUGGAGCAGCUGAAGAGGGAAGUGGAUUAUGCCAACCUGAAGGAACCAGAGGCAGAGGCCAAUCAGGACGAGCGUCUCAAAGAUGAGGUUGGACACGGAGAGCUGUGAAAGUGACUGCAGAGAGCAUGUCAGGUGUAUUACAACACAUGAGCAAAUGCUUUGGUAGGUCAGUAUUUGGAGCAUUCCAUAAAUGUCUAUGAAUAAGGACAUUUGUUUAAAGUUUGGUCCGUUUCAUUUUUUGUUUUUGGAAAUAAUCAUUUGAAAUAUCAAUGUCUUUCAUUUUAAGGACUAGUUCACCCUAAAAUUAAAAUCAUGUCAUUAUUUAGUCUCUCUUGCAGUAUUGUGUGUCAUUUCCAUACAAUGAAAGUGAAUCCAUAAAAAUCUUUUAUUCUGUGUUUUAAAGAGGACAUCAUACUGGUUUGGAUUUACAUGAGGAAUAAAAUUAUUACAGCAUUUUAUUUUUUGGGUGAUCCAUUCCUUUAAAUAUGCUUUUGCUGGUUACUGAAAUGUAAGUGUGAACGAAUGUUUUUUUAAGAUUAUGUUCCGAAAACAGAAAUAUUAGUACAAAGCCUUGCUGUUAAACCUUUUUGUAUUAAAUGCCAAAUUAAAGGUUUUAAUUCACCUUUUGUGCAUAAAGGGGUAGUUCACCCAAAUAUUUGAAGUUUUGUCAUCAUCUAUUCACCCUCUUUUCAGCUUGUAUGACUUUUUUCUUCUGCAGAACACAAAAGAAGAUAUUUUGCAGAAUGUUGGUAACCUAAGAGCAACGGUACCCAGUACUAUUGUACAGACAAAAAACCAAUAGACGUGAAUGGGUUCUAUUGCUGUUUGGUUUCACAACAUUCUUCCAAAUAUCUUCUUUUGUGUUCUGUGAAGGAAAGAAAGUCACACAUGUUUGAAAUGUCAAAAGAGUGAGUCAAUGAUGAGAAAACUUUCAGUUUUGGGUGAACUAUCAUAUUAAGGUACCCUGCCGUGUUCUGUCUCGUUCGGUUUGUUACAUAAUUUUAACUACUAAUGUAAAGUAAACAACUAGACGAUCAUGGCAGACAAAUCUUGACUGUAAAAUGUACCAGGUAUACAGUAUGGACAGCUACAGAAUGGUCUUUAAUGCAUAAGUUUCAUUAUGCUAAAUGGCUGUGUAGCCUGAAAUGUUUCUUGUAUUAUGAAAACAGUUGAAAAUGAAAAUCUCAGUUUUGUAUGCAAAUUGAUUGUGGGAUUGUGUGAGGAUUAAAGGGCGGUUGUCAGUUUUUGAAUAAACAAUGCAAAAAAUAUUAUAUAUAUAUAAAAAAAGAGUAAUUCAUUUAAUGAA